GUUGUGCAGAAAUGUCGGUGUUAGAAGAAAGCCGUCCAUUUGCUCAACAGUUAUCCAAUGUCUACUUUACAAUACUUUCACUUUUCUGUUUUAAACUUUUUGUGAAAAUCAGCCUGGCCAUCCUUAGUCAUUUCUACAUUGUGAAAGGCAACCGCAAGGAAGCGGCCAGGAUAGCAGCUGAGUUUUAUGGAGUAACCCAAGGACAAGGUUCCUGGGCAGAUAGAUCGCCACUUCAUGAAGCAGCAAGUCAAGGUCGUCUUCUUGCUCUGAGAACACUGUUAUCACAGGGCUAUAACGUAAAUGCUGUAACCAUAGACCAUAUCACCCCAUUGCACGAAGCCUGCCUCGGAGAUCAUGUGGCAUGUGCUCGGACCCUUCUGGAAGCUGGAGCUAAUGUAAACGCAAUCACAAUAGAUGGUGUGACGCCAUUAUUCAACGCAUGCUCACAAGGCAGUUCGAGUUGCACGGAACUUCUUCUGGAAUAUGGCGCCAAAGCCCAGCUGGAGUCAUGUCUUCCUUCUCCCACACACGAGGCUGCCAGUAAAGGUAACCAUGAAUGUCUAGAAAUACUGAUAUCCUGGGGCGUAGAUGUUGACCAAGACAUUCCUCAUUUGGGAACUCCCCUGUAUGUAGCUUGUAUGGCACAACAAUUCCAUUGCAUCCGGAAACUUCUUUAUGCUGGUAUUUUUCUUUAA